CGCCCCUGCAGCAGCAGCAGCUGGCAGAGCCGUUAGCCUCCAGGCUAACAGAUGAGCUAACCCUCUUAGGACCGGAAAUGACCAGCUGGCUUUAAUUUAACCCGAAUAGCGGACAGCUUCCGGUGUUUUCUGUUCAGAUCGUCCAUGUCAUCAUGUCUGUCAUCACUUGGGAGGUUGUUGGUGAUCACUUUCUCAUCAACCAAGCCAAGAGCUCCACUCAUGACAACACAAAAUGUCUUAAUGUGGAGAAGAAAGAGGAACAGAACGAGCCAAGAGCUCGUCCCAUUAAAGACGAAGAGAUUGAAGUCUGCAUCAUUCAGGAUGAGGAGCAGGCUGAUGUGAAGCCGAAGGCCGACACAUGUGCGGCGACUCCUUCUCACCAGGUAGCACCAGAACUCCCACAGGCACUGGUGACUCAACAGAUCAACAAUAGAGCGGUGGAAAUCGGAGUCUUGCAGGAAGGCAAGCUGUGUGAAGUGAAGGAGAAGACGGAAACCAUUGUUCUGAAGCGUCACCAAGAAAGGAGAGGCAUCCAUGAAGUAAACAGUGACGAUGCACAAGAUAGAAACUUUUCUUGUCAUGUAUGCGGUAAAUGCUUUGCCAAGUGCACCUACCUAACUGAUCACAUGAGAACUCACUCAGGUGAGAAACCCUUCUCAUGUGUAACAUGUGGAAAAUGCUUCACACAGAAAACAAACCUGAUUGUGCACAUGAGAACCCAUACAGGUGAGAAGCCCCAUUCCUGUCAGUUAUGUGAGAAGUCUUUCAGAGCCAGCGGCCAUUUGGCUAGCCACAUGAGAACUCACACUGGAGAGAAACCGUUCUCAUGUUUGGUCUGUGGAAAAGGCUUCACUCAGCAGAGUAACCUGACUGUUCACAUGAGAACCCAUUCAGGAGAAAAACCCUAUUCUUGUGAUGCUUGCGGCAAAGCUUACAGCGACAAAACAUAUUUAAACGAUCACAUCAGGAGUCACAGAGGAGAAAAGCCGUAUUCCUGCAAAGUCUGUGGCAAAUCCUUCAGUAACCGCAGCCCUUUGACCAACCACAUGAGGACUCACACAGGGGAGAAGCCAUACCACUGCAAAAGCUGCAGCAAAUCUUUUAGUGACUGUAGUAAUUUGGCUAAGCACAUGAGAACCCACACCGGAGAGAAGCCGUACUACUGCAGGGUGUGUGGUAAGGCUUCCAGUGACAGCAGCAGCAUGGCUAAACACCUGAGGACCCACAGCAGGGGCAAGCAGAAGUUUCCUUACGUCCAGAGGGAAUCUUCCUGAAUAAUUUGCCCAUCAAGUUUUCCCAUUAUUCAGUCUGAUGGGUUGAAAACAUUCUGAAGAUCCUCCAUCGUUCCCAGCCACCAUUAAAACCAACCAGUGCAGCUUCUGUUUGUGGCCCCUAACACCCCAUAAAAUCCAGUUCGUGAGAAGCAGUUUCCCUAUCAGUAUGUUUCUACCUGGAGCCACAGCGACACCUAGUGGGCUACAAGACAGUGGUUAGAGCCUCCCUGAGCCUGGAAACCUUGGCUUAUUAAACACAUUCUGACUUUGAAGGGAACGUCUGGGUUUCAGCACAUCCCUCUGCUAUUGGCUGCUAGACUUCCUCACCAACAGACCUCAGUCAGUCUGGGUCGGACUGAACACCUCCGAUGUCAUCAGUCUAAGCCCCUCCCCUUAGGGCUGCGUCCUGAGCCCCCUGCUGUU